AUGGCAGUACUUCUCCAGCCGAAAAGUCCAGCUCACAGAGCCUCAUGGAUCCUGCUCGUGUUGAAAGCCAUUAACUCUGGUGCAACCGGGGAUGCUGCUGCCCCUAAAUUCCAGGCUGAGUUCUGGUUCCCUCACAACAUUUUCUGGUCAAAAAUUAUCCAGAUCCAGGCUACUUACCACACGGUCACCGGUCCUUCUCUACAGCUGCGAACGUAUCGCCAUGUGCCCGACAGCGCACCAGCCGUCAACUACGCUAUGAACGGAAACAUCACGGCCCUGCGAGCCCUGUUUGCUCAAGGGCUGGCGUCUCCUGUUGAUAUCAGCUACACUCGUGGAUACUCCUUAUUACGUUGGGCUAUAUACUCGCAACAAUGGGAAACAUGUCGUUUCUUAUUCGACCAGGGAGCAGACGCGGAUUAUAGACCAAAAGCUCCUAGUGACAAUAGUCCUCGCAACAAAGCCACUGAUCUCAUCUUGCAAGGUGGCCUUGGACGGGAAGCUGUCGAUGCCCUGUCCCGCAUCAGCCGCCGAGAAGAUUGGUUAGAGGAACAAGACUUGCACCCCGUGCACAUGAUCGUCCUUGGACUUUCUGGUAAAGACCUUGUUCAGGAACUUCAAGCAAAUCCUGAAGCCGUCGACGACCAAGACGCAAUGGGACGGACUGCCAUCCUCUGGGCAGCGGCUCGGGGUGACGACGAAGCUGUUACUACACUUCUGCGCUUCAAGGCAAACCCAAAUACAAUGGACUGCCAACACGCAGGGCCCCUUUCUUACGCCGCAGACCGCAACUAUACUGUCUGUGCCCAAAUUCUCCUGGCUGCGGGUGCCGAUCCAGAUCCUGUCAUCCCAGGGGGUUACAGAAUAGGCAGCCCACUCAACUGCGCAGCUCGCAACGCCACUGAUCCCCUUCUUGUCAAGGCUUUACUCGAAUAUGGAGCAAAGGUUGAUGCUUGCGGCGUGGAUGGUCAGACUUCUCUGAUUCAUGCUGCACGAACCGACAACGUCAAAUUCGCCCAACUCUUUCUUGAAAACCACGCCAACGUCGAUGCAAUUUCAACAAAUGGCCAGACUCCCCUCAUGACAGCUAUUGUGAACAAUAGUCAUGGAGUACUCAGUCUCUUACUCGAUAAACGGGAACAAAAUAGCGUUCGUCCUCGCCUCGCCGCGCCGCACCUACUUGAAACUUUGGCGCAGUAUGCUGAUCUUAAAACCAUGCGCAUUCUCCUUCACGCAGAUCAUUCAAGUGUUGAGCACACUGAAGCUUACAGUACUGGAGAUUUGGAUGCGCUUCUUUGCCAGCGACGUGAUGUGGACGAAGAGAUGGUACAGAUCUGUGCCGAACUGCUCAAACUGUUCCGUACAAAAGCAAGUUGCUCUGAAACCGAGAGCAGUGAGAGUUUGAUGGAGAAGGGUAGUGUCUUUUAA